UACUAUGGAGAUCGUUUAUGGUCAAUCAAAAAUGUCAGUUCCAAGAUUUGAGGAAGCACAAGUCCUGAGUCCUGACUCUGCAAUUUGUGUCAGUUUAUUUCUGAGACACCUCCUCUUGCCAAAUUCUCUUCAAAAGCUUCUUGAGAAUUUUAACACCUAAAGGGACUGGCCUGCGUUCGAAAUCUUGAUUUUUCCUUUAAUUAUAGUGUUCGAGUCAGUUUGUGCGUAUCUCAAUUAUUUUGUUUGGCUUCUGUAUUAGCCUCAAUGAGGAAGCCGAAGCCACCACCUGAUCACCAACAACCUCCACAACCACCCCCAAGAAACGGCGCAAUGCACCACCACCCAAAUCACAAUACCUUGUCAGCUAAUCCUGAGGUGCGCCAGGCGCUCUAUAUUGCCAUGGCACAUGCUAGCAUUGCCCUCACACUAUUCAUUCUUUAUGCUGUUGGUAAAUUGCUUCAAGAUUAUAUGAGACCUCUCUUAUGGGCUGUCCUCUGUUCAAUUCCUUUGAGGGGAAUUCAGCAAGCCCUUGUUGCAUUCUGGUCCGAACCUCUAAAACUAGGCCUUACAGAGACCAUAUUAGCCGUCCCCGUGGCUGUAUUCAGGGUCUUUGUUGGAACCAUUGUUGAGAUUAAAGAUAUGACAUUCAGUGUUGUUCAUAGGAGACGGAAACAGAACGAUUUAAGGCGUCAUAGAAGUGGAUUUUUUAUAUUGUUGAGGUGGCUCGUGUCGUUUUGGGUGUUUGUUAUAACCUAUGAGCAAAUUGGUGGUAUUGGAGCAGUAGCUCUUCUUGCAUUGGGAUUUAUGUUCACAGAUAACAGUGUGGACUCCACUAUUAAUGCUGUGACAUCUCUUAGGAGUCAUAGCUUUCGGAGACUCCCUAUUACUGCUUUCUUUACUAGAGGAAUAUUCAAAAGAUUGAAGACUAUUGUAGCUAUUGGAUUGAUUGUUGGAUUGGUUGUAGGAUCGUUGGCCAGUAUGAUUUUCUUCUCUUACAAAGUUGGAGUGGAGGGGAAAGAUGCAGUUUUUGCAUUGAAAUCACAUGUAGAAGAGAGUAACUAUGCUGAGAAAAUUGGCAUCAGGAUAUGGAUGGACGAACACGACGUCCCAGAGAUGGUCGAUAAGUACAGUACUCAGUUGUGUCAAACAGUAUUUGAUCAAAUAGAUAGCUAUGCUAUGCAAUAUAAUAUGACUGAGUUUGUUUCUGGUAUCAAACAGUUUGUAAUAACCCCAGCGAAUAACUCUUUUGAACGUUCCACAGCUUUGGCAUCGCGCUCCCCAAUGUUGAGCCUAAAAAGGAGGAUUAAGGAUCUUGAAUGGGGGCAAAUAUACACAGAAGUGGAUGCAAUUUUCAGGGAACUGCUGAUCACCAGAGUAGACUUGGUUGAGAAGGCGAAAGGAUUUGCUCGACGUGUACUUGUUAGCAGCAAAUCUGUUUUAGGUGGCAGUGUGAAGGUCAUGUUCUUGAUUGGGAAUUCCAUAGUUUCAGGAGCUGCAGGGCUUGUCAAUUUUAUAUCUCAGUUGAUUUUGUUUUUCUGGGUACUUUAUUAUCUUAUCACAACGGAGUCUGGUGGAGUAACAGAACAAGUGAUAUGUAUGCUUCCCAUUUCGCGUUUUGCAAGAACCCGUUUUGUUGAGGUUCUUGAUAAAGCUAUUUCUGGGGUUCUUUUAGCAACUGCUGAGAUUGCAUUCUUUCAAGGAUGCCUGACUUGGCUCUUGUUCAGAUUAUCUUCCAUACAUUUUUUGUACAUGUCAACUGUCCUUGCGUUCGUUAGUCCUUUGUUUCCUAUUUUCCCCUCAUUGGUUUCGACUAUUCCAGCAGCGUUGCAGUUGGUGCUUGAAGGUCGAUAUAUGCUGGCCAUUAGCUUAUCUAUUAUUCAUCUGGUGCUUAUGGAUUUUGGUACAUCUGAAAUCCAAGAGGAUUUCCCUGGCUAUAGUGCAUAUCUCACUGGUCUCAGCAUUAUUGGUGGAAUGACAUUGUUCCCUUCAGCAGUUGAGGGAGCUAUAAUGGGGCCACUAAUAACUACGGUCCUGAUUGCAAUCAAGGAUUUGCAUGUUGAGUUUGUUUUGGAAGGGCAAACGGAAUAAGUAUAUAUCACAAAUCCAAGUUUCCAAUGCCCGGUGAAAUGAAAAGCGCACUAAUUGAAAUUGGUUGCUUCUAUCGCACUUCCUGUGCAAUAGUCCACCAGUAGUGGAAGAUCAGAAGCCGUGAGAAGUGAUGCAACUUGUUUGAUGAGGAACCGUUGUAUGCACUGAACAUCUUCUUGAUUGAAGUUUUGUUCUGCGCCCUGCUUGUUUUGGACUCUCAUCAUCAAUGUUCUGACCAAAUUGAUUCGAGGAACUAACUUCUUUCUCCAGAUUUGUUAAUUUGUGUUCAUAAGUUGCCAGUUCUUUGGCUAUUUGGUAGUUAGUUUAAAGUAGGUUGUACAUUUAUGUUGGGAAUAAACCCCGUAAAAAUAGUAUUCACGGUAUUAGUGAUAAA